AUGCCUUUACCACUUGUCACCAGAAAAUCAUUACGUGAUAAUGAAGAAAAAUUAAAAGAGAAUGUUGAAAAAAUUCAACAAGCUCUCGGUGUUGAAUGGACUUAUGAAUUUGAUUUUGAAACCAUCUUAGCCAAAUGCACUGAAGAAUAUGUUAAAAAUGAUCUUGGUGGUUUAUUCUAUAAAGACAUCGCUGGAAAUAUUGCAGAUUGUAUUGAAAGAUGCAGUAAAGAUGAAAUGUCAAAAGAAGCUCUUGUUGAAGCCAAUACCGCACAAAAGAUUGUUCUCAUCCCAAAUGAUGAUAAAAAAUUCAAUUCCUAUUGGAAAUAUGAAUUUGUUAAUGGUGAAUUAAGAGUUUACUUCAAACCAAACAUUUGCAAUGUUAGCGAUCUCUCUUAUUUUAAACUUGAGACUAUCAUUCCAUCACCAGGUGUUUACUCAUUACCAGCUCGUAUUAAUCUUAAAGAGAAACAAGAGAAAUUCACCGAAUCCUUAGAAAAAGUUAAAGCUGUCACUAAAAUGGAAUGGACUCUCGAUGAAUCAUCAUUGGAAACUGUUUAUCCAUCAUUAGAGAAAUCUUAUCAAGAUAGAAUCGGUGAAAUCUUUGCAGAAAUUCUCGAUUACGCUUGUGAAAAUAUUGUCAAACGUUGUGGUGAUGAAAUGGUUUGUGAAGCUGUUCAAGAAGCAUGUCCAAGUGGUAAAAUCGUUUUCAAAUUCGAUGCUAAACAAUCUGAGUAUUGGAAAUGGAAAUUUGCUGAUGGUGAACUCCACAUUUCAUUCAAAUCAAUUUGUAACACCAGUGAUAACUGUUACUAUGAUUUUGAAAAAUUAUUAUAA